GUGACAAAUCCAUCCUAUAAUUGGGUUCCGAUGAUGCAAAAAGCAGUAAAUACAAUAUUUUACGUAGCCGCAAAGCCGUCGCUUUGCUGCCGUCUUAUUGCCAGUGGCUUGGUGCAUGAAAUGAAGCGUUGUCUUGCGCAAUAUUUUCUUGCGAAACGAGAAAUUGAAGGAAUUGAACCGAUCAACUUCGACAAAGAAACAUUCAAAGACUGCAGCGAAGCGGAAGAUGAAGAUCAGCCGGAUGAUGAACCGCCAGCAGCCGGGCUUGUGAGUGAGAGCUGCCUGGUGAAAAUGAAGGAGGAGGUGAUGGAUUUGCUGAAUAAGGAUAAAGAGCAGUGCAUGACUGUUUGGGAAACAGUGGCCGAAAGAGUAUGCGCAUUUGCAGGACAGGUUGCUCUAAAGACACUGAUUCAUAUCGAUGUUUCGUUUGUUCUUGAAAUGAAGAGGAAAAACGAGCUGCUGCAUAUCAUCAAAUCGCUUAGUGAUGAAGAUCGUGCAAAGCUGGAAGGUGUUAAUUAUAUCGAAGAAUUCCCGACAACACGAGAACCAACAACGCUGGAAGCUGAAUCAAUGGAACGGCAGGGAUUCUUCGAAGUGAACGAACAAGAAGAAGGCGAUCGUUUGGGCCUAACAGGUCUGGUUUUCCAUUUCACAAAAUUUGCAGCUUGCGUUUUUAUUCGUUAA